UUAGGAUACACUUCUUAAAAUCUUAAGUUAAUUAAGGGGCCGCUCACUUAUGACGUCCAGGGGAAAUUCCUGGAAAUCCACUGUUAUUUUUUGUCCUAGUCAAUUUUAAACCAUUUGGUUAGUCUCCAUGCUUUAUCCAUUGUCUAAAACAACCAAAUUCUCAAAAAGCAUCCAUCCCUUGACUAAAUCUCAUCCACAAAACCCAACAAAACACAAUGAAAGCAAUUAUUAUCGUCAAUAUUUACUCAGUUCGAAACAGAACGUCAUUCAGUCAUAUCACUAAACCCCUUCUGGCUAAGAAAUGAACAGUGGAAGCAGAAGAGAAGUGAAUUGAGUCCAGCAUUAACAUCAUCUAGGCUGAAGGGAAUGUAUCCAUUAAUCGAUGACGCUGCUAAGCAAUUUACUGGUUACAUAAACAUGAAAAUGGCAAGCAAUACUUCAAUUGUAUUUGAUGUGAGAGACAUUUCUUUGAGAUAUUCAUGCAAUUCAAUAACAAGCACCACUUAUGCAUUUAAUGCGAAAGCAUAUGACGGUGAAAAUACUUCAGAAAUAUUGAAUUAUGGCAGAAAGAUGUGGAAGAGUAUAUCAUCAUCGACUCAGUUGCCAUCGUCACCUAUCACACGAGAAGUCAAUCAAUAUUUCAUUAGGAUUACGAAUCAAGCAGUUCAACGUCGUCGAUAUAAUAAUGAAAAACGAAACGAUUUAUUGAAUUAUGUCAUUUCAUUGAAGGAUAAAAGGAAUUUUAGUGAAAUAGAAACUGCAGCACAUGCAAUGACUUUCUUUUUAGAUGGCUUUGAAACAUCAAGUCUUGCACUUUGCUACGUGCUGUAUGAACUGUCUAAGAACACGAGAGUUCAAGAAAAGCUUAGAAUAGAAAUCAAUGAGAAUAUUGAUAAGAAUCAGACAGUUCCAAUUGAAACUUUAUUGAACUUAACAUAUCUCGAUCAAGUCUUUUACGAGGCAAUUCGUCUACAUCCACCAUUAUAUUAUACAACACGACAAUGUAACGAAUCAAUUGAAUUAAUUUCCGAUGAACAAAAGAUUCUUAUACCAAAUGGAACGACCAUUUGGAUUCCUAUCUAUUCAAUUCAUCGUGAUCCUGACAUUUAUGAAAAUCCCCAUGAAUUUAUGCCUGAAAGAUUCAAUGAAGAAAAUGGCGGAGUAAAAGCUUUUCGUGAUAAGUGUGUGCUAAUUCCAUUUGGUGAGAGUGCCCACAUUUGUCUUGGAAAGAAGUUGGGAACUCUGCAAAUUAAGGCAGCUGUUGUUGAGUUGUUGAGAAAUUUUGAGCUGAUUUGUGACGACUCAGUGACUGACGAUGAUUUAGAGAUUCGACCACAGCGAUUUGCUAACAUACCGAAGGGAGAGAUUAAGGUACAGUUCAAGAAGCUAAGUGAGUUUUGAUGUUAUGGAUUGGAGGUGUUUGAAGGAUUAUGAUGGCUUAAUAAAGUGCUUUUUGGAGUUGAGAUUGUUCAAUUUUGAAUUAAUUGUUGGAGUCAAUCAGUUAUGAUGUCAAUCCUUGAUACCUUCCUCCUCCCAUUCAUCCUUUUUUUCGCGAUCAGGGACUCAAGAUGAUCAACAUACAUUGAAAUGUUGUCUAGGUAGCAACCGCUUGACAUAGUCAGCCGCUUGGUGUCAGCUGUCAAAAGACAUCUAUUUGAUUCAAGCUUAAGUAUCUGGAUAAACAUUGUAUAGACAAUAUUUAAAUCUAUACCAAUCAGUCUCAAAGCUCUAAACCAAACUAAUCCACGUUCUUCCUAGAUAUCAGACAUCAUAAGCAAAUGCCCUUCAUCUGUUUAUUAUGAAUACAUCCAAAUUGCUCAAUAAAUUGAUGAAUUAUAAUAAAAUAUACAGCAUAAACUUCUCCUUCAGCUUCAUAAAACUAUAAUCAAAUUCACUUCAAUUUUCAGUAAUCUUCACUCUAUGUUCUCCAGCAAAGAAAUGCACAAAAAAAUAGUGCAGAACUAAAGUUUCCGAAUAAAUUUGCUUAAACUAGAUGAAAAUACCUUUCAGAUACAGAAAAAAAAAACUUGUUCUCGUAUCCUUAAGGGAUUUACAAUAACUUGAAGAUAAACUUUUCAUUACACAAAAUUGACCUCAUUCAGUGUGAAAAAUUCUGAUGUGAUAAAAUAAAAUUGAGCAUUUUGGGAUGCACAAAAAAAAUGCUUAAUACUUAAAUCUGUGACUGUAUUGAGUCUGAAUUGAUAAAAGUUUA